UCCGUUGCGCGAAACUGAAAAUUUGGCGCCGCAGACCUUUAAUCAAACACAGGAGCGUCCUGCAGAGAGAUAAUCGAGUAGAUGGUUCAGCAAUGAUGUGUUAUAAUAGUUUCUAGCGCUAUAUUAUAGUUAAUAGCCGGUGGCGGAUUUAUGUUGGAGAUGCAGAGCAGCACAAGCGGUGUUCGUGUGUUUGGGUCGUUAACUGAUGCAGAUACUCUUCACUUGACUGCACAAUCUAAGCGUCAGCUGAAUACAUACUAAAAACAGUCAGCUUAUUAAACCGCACAUUUAUCCUUAGUUACAAUGAACAGGAACAAAAUGAAGAAAACCAAGGUUGCUGCAGGGUUAGUUGGGGGACAGCAGAACAUUUCUUCAUUCUUUGCUUCCAAAAACCUAAAGGCUUUGUCGUUGCACAGUAAAGUGUCCGCCAGCAUAGCUGAGCCUCAAAUAAAAGAUGGCGAAAACAUUCAAUUCCGACUGAACACCCCUCCAAGGAGGAGCAUCCUCGGUGACCUUGAAAACCUCCUUCCCUCCUCCCCAGACCUCCUCCUCUCUGUGCCAGAGACCCCCAACAGUCAGAUUAGACUUCCCUACUCUUCUCCCUCCAGAGGAGCAGGUCGACCAAGCUCCGAGCCAAAGCUGUGCCAGCGGUCACCCAUCUGUCGCAGUCCCAGCUCCCAAGGACUAAGAGUGGCAAACAUUAUGACUGAGGAGGGAGUAAAAAAUAUGAGUGGAAACCCAUUGCCUGGCUCUUUGAAGAGACUCUUCAGCUCCAUGGAAGAGUCCCACAAUGCCAAGAAAGAAAGAACCUCACCACCAAAAGCUUUUAUCGUCUCUACAGGCAGCAGCCUGAAAGGAGCGAGGCCUCUGACUGGUCCUCUGAAGACACCUCCUCUCUCCGCUGACCAAAUGGGUCUCCCUUUGGGAGGAGACAGGAAACAUCAGGAGCAAAAAGAAAAGGCAGAUUUUUGUUUCACUGUGAUAACAGAGGCACAAACUAGCAGAAAUGUGCAGAGUUCCCUGGAUAAGGACACUUGCACUUCUGCUGCUAUUUCACAUAAACAAAGUGCACAAGCGGUCACAAAAGAGAGGAACGCUACAUUCGAAACACACAGAGACCAAAAGAGCUCCACAGAUCAGCAGCAAGGCACAGAUGAAACUGGACCAGCAUCUACCUGUCCCACUGAGGAGGGCUUUGAGGAGAGCUGGUUUUCUGACCAAAUGGAUGAUAAUGAAGCCACAGAGGAUAAACCCAAAAAGCAUUAUAAGGUGCCAGACCAUGUGAUCCUGUCUGGGGGACUAAAUAACCGCUACAUGGUUUUAGAUGUUCAGGAGAGACCUGGCCACAAAACGCUGACCAUCUCGUGCUGCAGGUCUCAGCAUGCGACAGAAACCUGCCUACUCAAAGAUGGAUGGGAGUUAACCCCUGUUUGUCGUGGUGACGUGGUCCAUCUGGAGGGCUGCUCUGAUGGUGGGACCUGGUUGGUUGACAGGGAGCAGGGUUUCCUGGUUCUACAACCCGACAGCCUCAUCUCAGGGACCAGCAUCUCCAGUUCCAUCCGCUGCAUGAGGCGAGCAGUGCUGGGAGAAAUGUUCAAGAGUUUUGAUGGCGGCUCUAAGCAGAUGCUUAAUGGCACAAUGGUGCAUGAGGUCUUCCAGAGAGCAGCUACAGCCAAAGAUUUCUCUCUGCAGAAACUUUCCCAGCUGGCCGACGAGGUGUUGUGCAGUCCUCGUCACCUUGGAGACAUGUAUACUUUAGGUGCAAGUCAGGAAGAGAUGAAGCAGGAACUGUAUGAAUACCUACCAUCACUGGAGCACUGGGCGAAUGAAUACCUCUGUUCUUCAACACCAAAAACAAUCAGCUCUACUAUCAGAGCUACGAACAGGUGCCAGGCUCCAGCUGCUGUUUUCGCUCUGACCGAACUGGCAGACAUAGAGGAGAACGUCUGGUCCCCCAGAUUUGGCCUCAAAGGCAAAAUAGACGUGACGGCGAGGGUUCGAAUCCAACGACCUCGAAACGGCAGGCACAGUAUUUCUGAGGAACAGACCGUCCCGCUGGAGCUGAAGACUGGGAGGGAGUCUAACUCAAUUGAACACCGCAGUCAGGUGAUUUUGUAUUCUCUGAUGAGCAUGGAGAGAUAUAGACCUGAUAUCGGCCUUCUGCUUUACCUGAAGACUGGUAACAUUCACCCUGUAGCAGCCAGCCGCAUGGACCACCGAGAGCUGCUGAAGCUGAGGAACACCCUGGUUCAUCACAUUAACCACUGCGUGGAGAGAGGAGCGGAUCAGAGUCACCUGACCAGACUUCCUGACAUCCUGACCAACAGACAGACCUGCCAGUAUUGCCCUCAAAAACUAAGCUGUGCUUUAUACGAGAGAGUGGUGGACUCCACCUCUGCAGAUCUCCGUGAGGACGUUGUGCGAGCCUUUCUGCAGCAGGAAACCGGCCACCUGACUCUGCCACAUCUGAGCUACUUCGCUCACUGGCUGCUGCUCUGCAGCCUGGAGGCGUCCACCAUGGAGGCCAAAAACGGCCGAAAGCGUGUUUGGCUGCAGUCAGUGGAGGAGAGUGAGAAGAAUGGCAGCUGUGUGGGGAAUCUGCAGCUCAGCGGCUCAGUGGCCGCUCAGUCUGAUGGUGUCUUCCUCCACCGUUUCCUGCGCAGCACGUCUGGCUCACAGGAGGGCGUAACCCACUGCAGUUUGACCAGCGGAGAUCGCAUUGUUGUCAGCGACCAAGAAGGUCGUCUUAUCGGCUUAGCAACAGGAUACCUCCGAGAGGUCAACAGGACAUCGGUCAGCUGCACGUUGGACAGGGACCUGUCAAAGUUCAGCGGUGUGUUGUUUCGACUGGAUGGUGAUGAAGGAGUGGUGGGCCUCAGCACUCACCUCAGCAAUCUCUCCAGGCUGAUGGAAAACUCUCAGGACAGUGACCAUCUGAGGGAGCAGGUUGUUGACCUUCGACCUCCGGAGUUUAUCACCAGCCUCAGCUCUGUUCUGCCCAGAGAGGCCAAGGACACAGUAGCCAACAUCCUCAAAGGUCUCAACAAACCCCAAAAACAGGCCAUGAAGAAGGUUUUGCUGUCCAAAGACUAUACGCUCAUAGUUGGUAUGCCUGGCACCGGCAAAACUACCAGCAUCUGCACACUGGUCCGUAUUCUUCACACCUGUGGAUUCAGUGUGUUGCUGACCAGCUACACUCACUCUGCUGUGGACAAUAUCCUGCUGAAGCUCAAACGCUUCCGGGUCGGCUUUUUGCGUCUGGGCCAGGGACAGAAGGUUCAUCCAGAGAUCCUGCCGUACACAGAGGAGAGUGUGAGGAAGGAGGGAGUCCACACGCUUGCAGAGCUGGAGCAACUUUACAGCAAAGAACUUGUAGUAGCAACCACCUGUAUGGGUAUCAAGCAUCCGAUCUUCACGCGUCGGCAGUUUGACUUCUGCAUUGUAGACGAGGCAUCACAGAUCAGCCAGCCGAUCUGUCUGGGGCCACUCUUCUAUGCCAAGAGGUUUGUCCUGGUCGGAGACCACCAGCAGCUGCCUCCGAUUGUGCAGAACCAGGAAGCAAGGUCUCUUGGGAUGGAUGAAAGUCUGUUUAAGCGACUGGAACUCCAUAGUGAGGCUGUGGUGCAGCUGAAUGUACAGUAUCGGAUGAACAGACCGAUCAUGUCUCUGAGUAACUCUCUGAUGUAUGACGGCCGACUGGAGUGUGGAUCUGAAAGGACGGCCACAGCCCUGCUCACGCUGCCCUUUCUGCUUUCUGUCCAAUCGGAGCUCGCUUCCUACUCUAAGACUCGACCCCAACUGGACCUCUCCUGGUUACAGGCCACGCUGCUGCCCUGCAAUCCUGUCUGCUUCCUGGACUGCUCAGUGGUUCCGGCCUUGGAGUCGGUGGAGCAGGGAGGAGUGAGCAAUCACACUGAAGCUGCUCUCAUACAUAUGCUGCUGUCUCUUCUCAUAAGGGCUGGGUGUAAACCCGGUGAUAUCGGCAUUAUCGCCCCGUACAGGCAGCAGCUAAAGAGCAUCUUGGCUCUGCUGCAGUCCUCUGCUUUUACUGGGGUGGAGGUCAACACGGUGGACCGAUACCAGGGACGAGACAAAAGCCUCAUUUUGCUGUCGUUUGUCAGAAGCACUGCAGAGGAAGGAAACUUAGGGGAGCUGUUAAAAGACUGGAGGCGUCUGAAUGUGGCCAUCACCAGAGCCAAACACAAGUUGCUGAUGGUGGGCUCUGCUACAACGCUGCGGCGCUACUCACCGGUGGAGAAACUGCUCCACCAUCUCCAGCAGGAGAACAUGAUUAUUCAGCUCCCACCAGCUGCUCACAAGGCUUUACCCAGCAUGCACCUCUGAGGGAGGUCCGACCCCACACCUGGGUUUCAGCUCACCUGUCCAGCUCUCAGGGAAGCGGCUGAAGACUGCAUCAACUUUAGAGUGCACAAAAGUUAAAGACUUGCCUGUAUGAUUAUUGGAUGUUCAUCAGGAGGCACAGAGCCUCUUUACAGAAGAGUGAAUAUAAAAUGAGAACAAAGUCAUUUUUGUUUUUACCUCAAACUAAAAUGCAUCAUAAAACCUCAGCUGGGUUGCACUGAAACAGUGGUACAGUCAAAUUUAAUAAGCAUCUUGUUUCCUAUUAGCUUCUUUAAAUAAAAAAAACUUUAACCCCAUCCAAUUUGUUAAUUUUAAUCCAUUUAAGGUCCACUUGAAGCACUAUAAUUUUAAUGUGGAACAAGGUACUAAGAUAUUGAGAAAACCUUUUUAACUGUCUACUGAAGAUAAAUGUAAUAAUUACACUGAUUGUUGAUUUUAAACCAUUAAUUUCUUCAAAUACCUGUAGUUAAUGCACUAAUGAUACUCUAGUUGUAAUUUUUGGCAUUGCAACCAUCUUUUCAUUCUGCCACGGUGCAGAUAAGCUCAUUCUUCAAAUGCCUCAAAUGACUUGUUCCAGUUAUUUGUUUCACUGCCUGAAUAACUUAUUAGUUUAUCACACAACAUUCUUCACCUCAGACCUGUAAAGAAAUACGUUUUUAUUUGGUGUAACUAUGGGAUCGUAUCAAUAAGGCUUCGUAGUAUUGAAACUGGUUUUGACCAAACUGGUCCACAGCUAACCUGUGCUUACACUAAGCUGUUUACUCAUUUCUAAUGGCAGCAUUUAGUUCAGCACAGUAACAAAAGAUUUUUUAAUUUGUCUACUUUUUCUCCUGAUCAGCAGCACAGAAACAACACGAGUUGCCAACAGUGGGUUUUUUUUCUAAAGCCAAGGACAGAGAAAGUCAUGUUUAGCAUAGGCGAGUUUAACUUUUAAUUCCAACUUCUAUUCUUUGUUUCAGAUUCAUAAAUGUGCAUAACUAAAUACGACUUAAUGUAAUUAUUGCCUUUUCAACUGUUUUACCUGCAGGAAGACCUCAGAUGUUCUUGUAUUUUUCUUUAUUGAUUUUGUUUUGUCUUGUAACGUUUAGCUUUUUUGUGUAAUGUCAAUAAAUAAAUAAAUAGUUUCUCAAAGCUA